GUUUAUGUGAAAAGGUUGAGGAGUUAGGGUAGGCUUAUGUAUAUUUCAUAAGACAAGAAAUGUUUAAAUAUUUUUGUGCAUUAGCAUCUUUACAACACACUGCUUAUAUUGUGCUGACUAAUCAAUUGUUCUCUGAUCAUAAAUUAUAUAAGUAUAGGAGCCACUUAUAUGUUGCUUGUAUAAUUGUUACAGUGUUAGGGCUGAUUGACCCCGAGGAGCUGGGGAUAACCCACACCCAUGAGCACCUGUCCAUGAACUACAGCUUUGCCUUGGCCCCUAGAGAUGGAGACCCCAUGGUGGCAGAGAAACAGAAUGCUCCCAUUACCAUGGAAAACCUGGGAUGGAUUCGCCAAUAUCCUUUCAGCCACAGACCAAAUCUCAAUUACAACUCGGCACAGAAAUACGUGAUAGAGGAACUUCAAAAUUUUAAGAAAUAUGGUGGAUCUGCAGUGGUUGAGAACACCACAGUUGGUCUACAUCGGGACAUCAAGUUUGUGAAGCGAGCUUCAGAAGAGUCGUGUGUACACGUCAUUGCUGGCACAGGUUAUUAUUUUGAAGCAUCACUGAGCGCUGAGGUUCGUGGGAUGAGUGUAGAACAACUGGCAGAGACAAUGGUACAGGAUAUAACCCAGGGUACUGAUGGCACAGAUAUCAAGUGUGGGGUCAUCGGAGAACUGGGGUGCUCAUGGCCACUCACAGACGUGGAAAGGCGUGUCCUCCAGGCAGGAGCUCAGGUCCAGUCUUCCCUCGGCUGUCCCGUCAUCAUCCACCCAGGGAGAGGGGAGGACUCACCCAUGGAGGUCAUCCGUGUCUUACAGGAGGCAGGGGGUAGGAUAGACAAAACCGUCAUGUCGCAUCUGGACAGAACCAUAUACCACCAGGAGAAGCUGACAGAACUGGCAGAGACUGGGAUAUUCUGUGAAUAUGACCUGUUUGGGCUAGAAGUGGCUCAUUACCAAUUCAACCAAAAGGUGGACAUGCCCAAUGACGGAGUCCGCAUACAGAACAUCAAGUACCUUAUUGAUCAUGGAUAUGGGAAGCAAGUUGUGAUUGCACAUGACUGUCACACUCUCCACCGUCUGGAGAAAUAUGGAGGUCAUGGGAUGUGCCACAUACUGUUGAACAUUGUUCCACACAUGAAGCAAAGGGGAAUAACUCAGUCAUCCAUAGAUGACAUCCUUAUCAACAACCCUAGGAGGUGGCUCGCAUUUUUCUGA